GCGUUCACAUGUCCUCGACGACGCCGACGACGAUGCACGAUGGAGGCAGACAAGGCAGGGUGGGGUUCCUCGAGUGGACUCGGUGGGCUCGCUAUCAGGAAGCCAAGACGGUGGUGAUCCUGAUUCACAGAGAAAGAUCUGGGUCCAUUACGAGUCUUCAUCUCGCCAGAAGUCCCAGAGCCCAAGCCCAUGAGCCAGGUGCUGGUAGAAGCGUCGCUGAGGUUAAGGUCAGCCCACAGGAAGUGCCGAUCAUGCCAUCCACGAGGUCACAGCAGCCCUCGCCCGCCGAGAGUCGUACUGUACACUUCUGAAAAGUUCUUGUUGGAUUGGCUCCUGUUGCCAAAUCAGCAUGACGACGACUGCCAAACAGCCUCGUUGACGUGUCUCCCGUUACCCAGGUACCUUAGAUAUGGGCUCUGCCAGAUAAUGAUCCGACCACGACCGGUUUCCCCUUC